CUUUGUACUACACUAUUCAUAACUAGAGCUACAUGGCUUGCUCUGCAUCGCCUAGCUAACACAUAAACGAUAGACUGCCAAAGGAAGAGGUCAUCUUCUAGAAUACCUGAUUAGCUAUGCCGCGACUACAAAUCUUGCAACACAAGUCUUACCAUCCGUAUCUCGAGAAGAAUAAGGAGAAGGUCCGUAAAGAUGAGGAGAAGGCGGCAGUAUUGGAGGCCGAGCAGGAGCGGGAGAUGCUGCAAGCAGAUCAAGCCGCUCGUCUCGGAUUUCUUCGCCAGCGCCCAGACUCUAUAAACACAAAUGCUCAAGCUUCCAGCUCCUCUCUGAUGCCUUCUGAGCCUUCGAAGCUGCUCAUUCGGCAUCGCAAGAACAAGGACGAAUCGGCAGAAGAUCGUAUACGCAAAGAUGCGAGGAGCGAACGAGCGAGGCUGGAGUUUGACUGGCCUGAUGUUGAGAAGCGAAAGGCAGAGAAACGGGCAAUCAAGGAAUCAGAGAAGAGGGCGAGGGAUCAAGAGCUUGGCAGGACAAAUCCAGACGAGCAUGCGGAGAUCGGAGGGACCGGAAAGCACAUCAAUUUUUGGGCAGGAUUAGAAAAGGACACAGCCUCGAUACCCGGUGCAGUCAUGCUCAACAAGCCCAAGCCCACUCCGGAUCAAAUCCAGGACGAUGAUCCGACUACCAUGUACCUGAAUCGACCAGAAAGGGAGACCAAGCCGUGGUACGCCGAUGCCGAUCUAAAACGCCACGAGGAAAAGAGCGAAGACAAGGAUUCACAGCGCAAGCGGGAGAGUCGAAAACGUAAAGAGGAAGCGAGCAAGAUACGGAAUGACCCGCUCAUGCUGGUACAAUCUGCCCUUUCGACAUCGCAAAAGAAAGCGAACCCUAUCUAUGAGCGACAUCAGAGAACGAUACCCGCAGCUCCUACGGACCCAUCAGCAGCGAGGAUAGCGAGGGAGAGCAGUGAACGCUCACGGGCUCUCGCGCUCAUCAACGAGGCGAAACGCAAACAAGCUGCUGCAAGCCUCUCGGCUACGCCCAGCACAGUUGCCGGCGGCGGUAACGAAUACAGCGACAUGUGGAAUGCACAAGAAGUCAGGGAGGCAAGAAGGCGGAGGGAAGCGGUACGGGGCUGGGCGGGCGAGGUCGGACGGGAUACGCGAGAGCAAGCGUGGGAUGGCGAUCAUCGAGAAUCUAGGCGGGAUUGGGCGAACGAUGCGCAAAGCAAUCGGAAUUCUUUGCCAAAUCGAGGUCGAGGCCGAGGACAACCUCGAUACUGGGAGGUGUAAGGUUACGCAAAGCAUUUCCAUAUACAUGCAGUCUCGUUAUUUUCUAGUUCAUAUGGUAUUGUAGGGCUUUCCAAGGAUGUUGAGCUCAGUCGAGGGUAUCUGGCUACUUGAAAAUCAUUGCAGGGAUCGUUCUGUUCUUCGUGGUCUGCUGAUUCAAUAGUCAUUCGGUCGUUAUGAUUCGUCUUCCCAUCUCAUUGAGA